CGUGACUCUGCGCUUCGUCGGUAAAAUGGCUCGGUCUCGCGGAGCCUCGUGCUGCCGAGAUCGGAUUCUCGCUCCUACUCUCCUUCUGUAACACACAGUGUGCAUGCAUCCCGUGUCCGGUCCGUUCGUCCCCCAGGAGGGUCCGUUGUUUAUAUCAAUCACGCAACUUCGUUUCUUUUUGUUUGUUUGUUUCUUUUUUCUUUUUAAAUAGAACUUUGAAGCUGGAGCGCGCGCCGGCUCCGGUCUGGGGGGAGGAGGAGGAGGAGGAAUGAUCCGGGACACGGGUACAUUGUUCACAUAAGUGUGUUUAGAUUCAGUGAGGGGGGAAAAGAAAAAGAGAGAAACAGAGAGAGUGAAGGAGGGAGAGAGAGAGAAAAGGAGAGAGAGAGAGAGAGAGAGGAGGAAUAAUGGCCGCUCAGGUCGCUGCGCUGAGCACGAGCCCCGCCGCCGAGCUGAAGAAGGCGGACGCGCACGAGGACGCGCUACCGGGAGAGACGACGCAGCACGAGAGCGCAGAGACCGGCGGACAGAAGGAGCUCCAGGACGGCGCGGAUGCACCGGGAGGAGGAGGAGGAGGAGGCGGAGGGAGGCGCGGAGGAGGUGGAGAUCCUGAGCUGAAGAACGGUAACGACAAUUCGUCCCGUAACAACAACAACAAUAACAACAACCUGGACGCGGGCGUCGCUCCUCCUCACCACCACAACCAGCAGCAGCACCCGCACCCGGGCGCGUUCCCUCCACCGCCAUACGGCGGCAGCCAGCACUACACCCGGGGCCCUUUUCAUCAACAUGGCGGACAACAAAGCCCUGGCAUGGCACCGGGGCUCCCGGGCGGCGUGAUGGAGCAGUACCCGGGUAACUCACACGAGCACGGCUUCUCCAACCACUACGGGCCUUUCCCGAACCGGACUCAGUACCAGGGCCAGGGUUACGGCAUGAACUCCCCGCGCGCGAACCAGCCGGGCAAACCAGGGGCAACUCUCAUGGCGUUUAAUAAUCAGAGGUAUAACAUGAACAACCCGCAACCGACCCCGACCCCGACCCUGAACCAGCUCCUGACCUCCCCCGCCGCCGGGGGCAGGAGCUACCAGAACUACCCCCAGACUGACUUUAACGCUCAGGACGGGACGGGGAAAAGCGCGGGGGAGCUGAGCGGCACUAAUCACUACGCAGGGGGUCACGCGCCGUGGCAACAAAGAGGCCAUCACGCGAGCCCGGGCAGCACCGCUCACGCGCUCAACAGGAACCAGACCCCAACGCCAAUGGACCAGGUGGGGAAGAUCAGGGGUCAGCAUUUCGGAGCAGGAAACCCUUACUCUCAGCAGCAGGGGCCUGCACCUGGGGCCCAGCAAGGGCCUCCUUACCCCGGGCAAGGCUACGGUUCCCCCGGAACACAGAGAUACCCAAUGGGCAUGCAAGGACGGACCCCUGGUGCUGUGGGGGGUCUGCAGUACGGACAGCAGAUGGGUUAUGGACAGCAAGGCCCAGGAGCUUAUGGUCAGGGCCAAGGAGGUUACUACGGUCAACAGCACCCUCUUACUCCCCACGGAGGACUUCCGCAGGGUUCGUACCCUCAGCAGCACCCCAGUGGCCCGGGCUCCCAGCAUCCCUACUCCCAAUCCCCAUCAGGUCCUCCGUACUCCCAGCAACCGCAAGCCCAGACUUCGUACCCCCAAACUCCACAUUCCCAGGCUGGCCAGCCCUCUUACCCCCAGCCUCAGACUGUUCUACAGUCCCAGUCAGCUCAGGGCCCUCAGCAGCCUCAACAGCAGCCUGGAUUCCCCCAAGCGUCGCCUGGUUCCGGACAGCCUCCUGCUCCUCCUGUGCCUCCUUCUUCUCAGACUCAGCAGCAGCAACAAGGCUCAACACAACAGCAGCAGCAGCCCAGUGUAGGGCCUCCUCAGCAAUCCCAGCAGCCUAUGGGUCACAGUGCUCCUCCACAGGGGCACUCACCUUACUCACAAACUCCACCAACACAGACUCCACAGCAGACAACGCCCUUCCAGCGCUUCCCGCCUCCACAACAGGAGUUGUCCCAAGACUCAUUUAGUUCGCACGCUUCCGGUCCUACCUCGAACACACCCCUGGCCUCCAGUAAGAGCGGUACAGAGGACAGCAUGCAAGGCCGCCCUUCAAGCCUGCCGGACCUGGGCUCUAUCGAUGACCUGCCCACGGGUACGGAGGGGGCGCUGAGUCCGGGGGUCAGCACAUCAGGGGUCUCCAGCAGUCAGGGCGAGCAGAGCAACCCAGCCCAGUCACCUUUCUCCCCACACACCUCUCCUCACGUACCGGGCAUCCGUGGGCCUUCGCCAUCGCCUGUAGGCUCGCCCGCCAGUGCCACCACUUCUCGCACUGGACCCCUUUCACCCGCUGGAAGUCAGAUGCCUCCCAGACCUUCCAGCGUCCAGUCGGAUGGAAUCCUGCAUUCUUCUAUGAACCAGGCUGCUGUGGGCCAGGAUAGAGUCUACAUGCGGAACACACAGAUGCCUGCUUACGGCUCGCCUCAGCCCGCGUCUGCCUUAUCCCCACGCCCAUCAUCUGGAGGCCAAGUGCAUGCUGGGAUGGGUCAUUAUCCUCAAAACAACUCCAUGGGCAAUUACGGGCCACAGGGAGCACAGUACGUUCCCCAAGGCUACCCGAGACAGCCAGGCUACAGUGGCAUGCCUGGUCCUAACUACCCUGGUGGUCCAAACAUGGGCAGCCCGAUAAACCCCAUGUCAGGGCAGGCAGGAGGUGGCGCGUACAGCGGGAUGCCUCCCGGGCGCAUGGUGCCGGGGCCAGGACAGAUGGGCUCAAGGCCGUACGGCCCGGGAAUGAGUCCCAACAUGGCGGGCAUACCGCCUCAAGUGGCCUCAGGCAUGUGCCCUCCACCUGGCAUGAACAGAAAACCGCAGGAUCCGUCCUCAGCGGGCAUGCACCACGGUCCGGCAAACUCCGUACAUGGGCCCGCUGGUUAUCCCGCUAUGAACCAGGCCAUGAUGGGAGCCGGGCCUCCGUAUGCACCACCUAUAAACAGCAUGCACGGGAUGAUGAACCAGGCAGGGCCGUACCCCAUGGGGGGCAGCGUGGCCAACAACUCAGCAGGUAUGGUGCCCAGCCCCGAGUUGGAGAAGAUCAACCAAAACCAGAAGAUGAAUAAUAAAGCCGAUGGGACUCCGAAAACCGAAUCAAAAAAGAAGUCCAAUUCGUCCACCACCACAAAUGAGAAAAUCACUCGUCUGUAUGAGCUGGGUCCUGAGCCCGAGAGGAAGAUGUGGGUGGACCGGUACCUGGCGUUCGCCGAGGAGAAAGCCAUGGGCAUGACGAACCUGCCGGCGGUGGGACGCAAGCCUCUCGACCUCUUCCGUCUCUAUGCGUCUGUUAAAGAGAUCGGCGGCCUUAUGCAGGUAAACAAGAACAAAAAAUGGAGGGAGUUGGCGACAAACCUAAAUGUUGGAACCUCCAGUAGCGCAGCUAGCUCCCUAAAGAAGCAGUACAUUCAGUGUCUGUAUGCCUUUGAGUGUAAAAUCGAGCGUGGUGAGGACCCACCGCCAGACAUUCAAGACCCCAAAAAGAACCAGCCGAAGGUACAGCCACCCUCUCCAGCCGGGUCUGGAUCUUUACAGGGCCCUCAGACUCCACAGUCGACUUGCAGCUCCAUGACUGAGGGAAAUGAUUUAAAACCCCCUACACCUGCGUCAACACCCCACAGCCAGAUGCCCCCUAUGCCCGGUGUGCGGAGCAGCGUGAACGUUCAAGACCCAUUUGCUGAUGGUGGUGACCCUGCCUUUGCUAGACGGAACUCAAUGACACCGAACUCCAACUUCCAGCCCGGAAUGGGGGGCCCGCCUGAUAUGAUGGGGCGCUUGGGUCCGUACGAGCCUAAUAAGGACCCUUUUAGUGGUAUGAGGAAAGCUGGUGAGCAGUUCAUGCAGAAUCCAGGCCCCACCAGUGGAAUGAGUGAGCAAUAUAGCCGAGGCCCUCCAGGACCUAUGGGUAACAUGCAGUUAGGUCACAGGCAACAGUAUGGACCAUAUGGACCAGGGUAUGACCGGAGACAAGAUCCAGGCAUGAGUCCAGAUGGUAGUAUAGCUCCUGGAGCUUCACAGCCAAACACCAUGCCUUCUGGUGCAGACACGGGGAUGUAUUCGCCUAAUCCACAGCAGCAAAGGCAUGAUUCCUAUGUUAAUCAGUACCCUAGCCAAAAUGCACCUCCUAGUGGACAAUACCCAAGUCAGCAGCCUGGACUGUACCCACAGCAGCCGAAUUACAUACAAAAGAGGCCUGGAGAUGGUGGUUAUGGUCCCCCGGCAAAGCGCCAUGAAGGGGAAAUGUAUCCAUUCAGUGGCCAGCAGCAACAGGCCCCUCAAGCCUCAAGUGGACCCCAAUCCCAACCCCAACAAGAAAUGUACAACCAGUAUAAUGCCUACCCAGGCACAGAUCGACGUCCACCUGGUCCACAAAGUCAGUUCCCUUUUGGUUUUGGACGGGACAGGGGACCUAACGCUGGAGGCUCUAACUCUCAGUCCUCUAUGCCACCGCAGAUGAUGGGCAGUCCCUUGCCGUCUGUCCCUGAUGGGCCCCAAGGUCCCAUGUGGCAAGGAAGAAAUGAUAUGACCUAUCCUAACUAUCCCAAUCGUCAGGGUCCUCCUGCAGUUCCCACUCAAGGUCCAGGGUACCAUGCCAUGAAUCGUUCUGAAGACAUGUUACCUUCAGACCAGCGAAUCAAUCAUGAAGGUCCAUGGCCGGGUCAUGUAAACCAGAGACAGCCUCCUUAUGGACCUGGUAGUUCUGGCCCACCCAUGUCUAGACCACUACAGUCCAAUUUUCAGGCUUCUCAAAAUCAUAUUCCACAGGUAUCAAGUCCAGCACCCAUGCCAAGAAGCAUGGGGAACAGUACGUCUCCCAGCAAGUCCCCUUAUAUGCAAACUGGGAUAAAGAUUCAGAAACCUGGAUCUGUAGUCCCAGCGUCAAACAUAGCCCCACCACCAGUACAGCCUCCCAUGAUGAGGAGAGAUGUAGCCUUUCCUCCAGGGUCCGUGGAGGCGACCCAGCCCAUCCUCAAACCACGUCGCCGACUUACGACAAAGGAUAUUGGAACACCAGAAGCGUGGAGAGUCAUGAUGUCCCUCAAAUCAGGAUUGCUGGCAGAGAGCACUUGGGCCUUGGACACCAUCAGUAUACUUCUUUAUGAUGAUAAUAGCAUUUCCACCUUCAGUCUUUGUCAGCUUCCUGGCUUCCUCGAACUCGUUGUGGAGUACUUUCGUAAAUGCAUCAUUGAAAUUUUUGGCAUCUUAAAAGAAUAUGAGGUCGGAGAUCCAGGGCAGCGAACGCUGAUUGACCCAGAUGCUCCAGACAAUGAUAUGUCUGAUGAUGAAAUCCCAGAUGGAUGGCAGAUGGAUGAGGAAGAGGUCAAAGAGGACAAAAUUUGCCAACACAUGCCACAGAUCCAAAUCAAGCAUGAGAAGGAUGAUCAUAUUCAUGACCAAAAAUCCAGUGAAAAGUCUGAAGAAGUGAAGUUUCUGGAAAUUUCUUCAUCUAAAGCCCGUGAGAUAACUACUUUCUUACAGGACAGUAGUGCGGAACAAGAUAAGCUUAAACAGGCAAGCAAAUUUGACAAGCUUCCUAUUAAGGUAGUGUGGAAGAAAGAUCCAUUUGUCAUUGGUCGGACCGGCAAAUUGGGCCGGCGACAGACUUUUGACAGUGGACUGAUUCACUGGAGUGUUGGUGGAGGCGACACCACGGAACAUAUCCAAACUCGCUUCGAGAGCAAGAUGGAGCUGCUUAAACCUCAUAAACCGGUGCCUGUAAAUACAGUGGACCUGGUUACUGAAAAGCGAAACAAAAAUAAAAGAAGCAAACCAGAACUGCAAAAUAAGCAACAGUUGGAGUCUCAGCCUUCCUCAGGCCAAGCAUUGGAGAAAGAGAACAGCUUAGAUGUUGCCAGUGCAUCUGCUACCACUAUGGACACUGCAGAAGAAUCUGUAAGGAAUGGCCGGGAGAAAAAGGAGGAGACCAACAAAGAUAAGUUCCUGUUUGGAAUUGACCCAUCACAGAACAGCAACAUUAAAAUCCUUGAGGAUGAGCCACAUAGCAAGGAUGAGUCCCCAUUGUGCACGUUGUCAGACUGGCAGGAUGCACUAGCUCGCCGCUGCAUAUGUGUUUCCAACAUUGUCCGCAGUCUCUCCUUCAUCCCUGGCAACGACUGUGAAAUGUCCAAACACCCAGGCCUGCUGCUUUUACUGGGCCGUGUGGUGCUCCUGCACCACCGGCAUCCCGAGCGCAAAGAGGCUCCUGUCACUUAUGAGAAAGAGGACGAGGAGGAUGAAGGAGUCAGCUGUGAGCAAGAUGAAUGGUGGUGGGACUGUCUGGAGGUUCUGCGUGAAAACUGUCUGGUCACGUUAGCUAACAUCUCGGGCCAGCUGGACCUGUCCAUGUACCCUGAGAGUAUCUGCCUGCCACUGCUGGAUGGUCUUCUUCACUGGGCUGUCUGCCCCUCAGCAGAAGCCAUGGAUCCCUUCCCUACACUGGGCCUUAAUGGAUCGGUUUCCCCUCAGAGAAUGGUUCUUGAGACCCUUAGCAAGCUCAGCAUCCAAGACAAUAAUGUUGACCUCAUUCUGGCAACACCACCCUUCAGUCGCCUGGAGAAAUUCUACAGUUCACUGGUACGCUUAAUUGGUGACCGCAAGAUCCCUGUAUGCCGGGAGAUGGCAGUUGUGCUGUUAGCCAACCUGGCCCAGGGUGACAGCCAGGCAGCUCGGGCCAUCGCCGUGCAGAAAGGCAGUAUAGGGAAUCUCCUGGGGUUUCUGGAGGACAGUCUAGCAGCCACACAAUUCCAACAAAGCCAGUCUUCACUGUUACAUAUGCAGGGACCCCACAUUGAACCCACUAGUGUGGACAUGAUGCAGCGGGCUGCCCGUGCCCUGCAUGCCCUCGCCAAAGUAGAGGAGAACCGCUCCGAGUUUAUGUUGUACGAGUCACGACUACUGGAUGUCUCUGUAUCCCCCCUUCUGAACUCAGGAGUGUCCCACGUCAUCUGUGAUGUACUGUUUCUAAUUGGCCAGUCAUGACAGCUGUGGGGCUGAGCGCUUUGUUCUCCUUCUCCCUUCAAAUCUGUUUAAACGGAGAAGUGUAACGGCAAAAACUGACUGUCCUUUUUUAAUUUAUGCAAAAAUCACCUCAAAUUCCACUGAUGGCUAUUUCUACUUCUGCUUCUUUCUAAAGGAAGGAUUUCACAAAGUGGAUUUUACACAGAAAUAAAAUGAAGAGAAACUAAUGUGGAUACAUUACUUAUGACCUUGGGAGAUUUUGAAAGGCUUUUUUUUAAUGAAAUGAAACAUAGUUUAAAAAAUAAUAAAGAAAGAAAACUAACCAAAGUUGCUGUCACAUUUACAGUGAAUUUGGGGAAUAAAGGUGCUCAGUGGUCCUUUGGGUUUACUGGGUUGGCAGAUA